UCUCCUUAGUCUCACCUCCUGCAGCCUUCCUGUUAUGCAAACAGUAGAAGGAGUUGGUAUAAGGGCUAACCAGACUGUCUCAUGUCAGAGCACAGGUCAUAGGCUAGACAGUCAGCACAUACACACAGGGCUGCCAAUCUGUCAGUGGGGGAUCCCUUCCAGGGACUCCAGGGAGAGGAGCUUCAGAAAAUAGAGCCCAGGUGAUCCGGCCUUUAACUCUGAUUUCCAUCGGAUUUUAAAAGAAGUCCAUGGUGGAAGGCUCCAAGAUGAUUUUCAGACUCCCAACACUCACUCCCGGUUACAUCAGGCUGCUUCAGACCCAGGCGUUCCAUAACAUACCUGUGACACCUCCGGCCGAGAAGACCAUGCCUGGUGUGGCUAUGCUGCUGGGGGCUGUAGGGAUCGGGAUGUGUGGCUACAGCUCCAGGCAGUUGGCCCUUCACCACAGGCCCUCCACUCGUGUGCUGCACUGGGUUGGCACGCACACUGACGCUGGCGGUCCUGGUGCUGCGACACAUAGAACCGGUGUGCUGGAUGUAACCCGCCGAGCUCCCACCUCUCAGGAGAUCCCACCUCCAUCCUUUGUGGGCCAGAAAUUUCCCUAAAAACAGCUACUAUGUCAUGACUUUAGAAUAUAAAACAUUGAAGUUAAAGUUCCUGUAGCUACACUUCCUCACAACUCAGAUUGUAGCUAUGCUGGCCCGUUGCAGCUGCAGUGAGGCCCAUGUGCUCUCUGAAGAUGAGUAAGUGUAGAUACCUGACUUAACGUAAAUAAAAAACAUAAUCACAUGGAAUUCCUUACGUAGUGCAAUGGAUGUAACAAUAACUCAAACUUUAAGGUACUGACAGGACACUUUUUAAUAAGAGUGACUGGAUGAGUAUAUUACAGAUGCUGGAACUUCCCAAACUUGUGUUGAGUUUGACUUUGCGAGUCAGAUUGUUUAAUUUGAAAAUAUUUUCCCUAUUCUAAAGUUGUGGUAUUUAAAAAGCAUCAAGUUUGGCAUUGCCCCUCUUUCUUUGAGUCUUACAAAGCAGACAACUACGUUUUAGUGCUUUACCAGCACAUUGAUGCCCAUGACUUCAAUGGUAUUUUCUCUGAUCAGGUAUAGUCAGUGCAACACAGACUAUACUAUCAAUGGAGAGCGUUACUGAAGGACAAAUGUGCAACAGUUUCAAAAUAUGAAAUCCAGGAAUGUAAACUAUUCAUGCACAGCUACAUUGUGCAGGAUUACUAUUGCAGGUUUUGUGUCUGAGGCUUUGGUGUUGGCCGUCAGGCAAAGCAGAGUGGCGAUUCCUUCAGGAUAAACUGUCCUACUAGGAUUAACCUUGGUGGAAAAUCAACACACACUCGUUAUGCUAAUCUGGAAUUAGAGAGACAAAGACCUGAGGAACUCAAGCAGUUCCUAUGUGACCAAACAACGUGCCGUUCACCCUGCAGUGUCCACCAUUUCUCUGAGUCAUAAGCAGAGUUAGAAAAUAUAUAUUAAUGUUUGUUUGCUUUUUUAAUUGUGCAGACAUAAAGGGAAAAGGGGACCUGAGAUAUGUCGAGACACUGAGUGUGGUUGAGAACGUGUGCUGUGCCUUAUUGGUUGCAUGGGAUUACACUGUCUUGGCAAGAGGUGCAGAACAUUCAUAUGUGAGAACACAUAAAAAUUUUGAGAAAGUUGAUUUUAUCCAUCAGAGUGGUGAGUUGGAGCAGGUGCAAGUGUCUUAAAGCUCCACCUGUGCUUCUUCACAAUAGCGCAGCAUGUUUCCACCAAAACGGUCAUAAUCCACUCAGCAGGGGACACUGACAGCUCCAACUGGCAUCAGAUACAGAAUAAUUGCCCAGGACAGCAUCUUUUAACAGUUACAUAAUGUGAUUAUAAUGGUAACAAAUUUUGAAAAAUCCACCAGUAACAUGGAUGACAAAUCAUUUUUUGCCUGUAGUCACAAGAAAGUAGUCACAACUUGGGUGCCAUGUUCAAGCUUUGCACUCUGAGGAUUUGUGAAAUCGUUGUGGUCAUGGGCUGAAGGCUGUGUAGUGCACUUGACUGACUUUGAUAAAUCCUCACUAUACUGCAGUGUUGCACACCGAGCCCUCUGGAAACGUAUUGAUCUCAAUCAGAGUAAGAGAGGAUGCUCUUUUCCCCAUCGCAGCAAAGCUUCUCUCAGUUUUCUGCACCUUAUUACAGAAUACUGACAUAUUGUGUUGUGGCGGAUUAAAAAUGCAGGGGAUGAUUGAAGGCAUCAUAUUCAUCCUGUCAGCUUACUGUGUGUCACAAACCAGUGCUCAUUUAUAAGUGAAUUGUAGUUCAGAUCUGUUAAAUAAAGGAGAGAUGUUGUCUGUAGAAGUUCAUACUUAAUAAAUUCAUGUUGCACAAGA